UCUCUUGGGAUUGCUUUAUAUAUAACUAUCACUACACCUUAGAUUUUCAUUACUUACCUCACUUCACUUUGCAUCAUCACUUCUUAAUUAACCAUCUCUAUCCUUCACUUUCCUUUCUUUCAUUUCCUUAUUCAUCAUAUAUACACAAAAACCAUAACACUUUUUUUUUUUUUUAUCUCUACCUUCAAACUAAGUUGAUUAAGAAGUGUUUGUAUGGGGAUGGAUUCUUCUAGUGGGCAACAACAGCAAAUGUCUAACCAGUCAUUGGAGAGCAUGUUAACAUGUUCAAAAGGAGAACAAGACAAAAAGCCAAAACCUCCUCAACCAGAAGCUCUAAAAUGUCCAAGAUGUGACUCAAACAACACCAAAUUUUGUUACUACAACAAUUACAGUCUUUCACAACCAAGAUAUUUCUGCAAGUCUUGUAGGAGAUAUUGGACUAAAGGUGGUACACUAAGGAAUGUUCCUGUUGGUGGGGGGUGUCGAAAGAACAAAAGAUCAUCAUCAGCAUCAUCAAAGAGAUCUCAAGAUCAACCAUUUCAAACCAACCCAAAUCCACUCACUUGUUUCCCUUCAUUGUCCUAUGAUUCCAAUGAUCUCACACUAGCAUUAGCUAGGCUUCAAAAGGGUCAUCUUGGAUUUGAUCAUGAACAUGAUUUUUCCAUUUUAGGAAACCAAACCAACACCUCAUGUGGCAUUCUUAACAAUCAUGGUAUGAACCAUUCCUCAAACAACCAAGGAUUCUUUGAAGCACUUAUGGGAUCUCAGAACAAUGUGCAAAAUCUUUACUACAUGGGAGAGGUUGAUAAUGGCAAUGCUAAUGGCAAUGGUAAUGGUGAAAUGAUGUUACCUUAUGAUCAUGAAAUGAGCAUUGCAACUACUCAAGCAGUUACAGUUACUACUAUGAAACAAGAAAUGUGUAAUGUUAGGGAACAAAAUGAAAAUAGGGUUUUGUUAGGUUUUCCAUGGCAGUUCAAUAAUGGUGACACAAACAUGGCUGAAAUGGAUCAUUUAGGAAGAGCUGGUUGGAAUGGUCUCACUUCAUCUUGGGGGCAUGGCCUUCUCAAUAGCCCCCUAAUGUAGACACCGUCUCGUGAUUCUAAAUUUCAGUUGCAGUUACGCUGUGAACCUUUA